CUUCCUGCAAGACUAGCAAAAAUGGACAGGGCUCAACUUCAGCCAUUACUGUUGCCUGAUUUAAAGGAGACUGGUAAAGAGUUAGGUCGUGGAGCUUAUGGUGUUGCUACUGAAGUAAUAGUUAGUGAAACAACCUGUGCUGCUAAGAAGCUUCAUGAUGCUAUUGUACAGGUGCACACUUUGAAAAAAUUUGGUGAUGAGGUGCUUCUUCACAGUGAGCAAAGGCAUCCUAACAUUGUCCAGUUAAUUGGUGUCUAUUAUCCUCCUCAUUCACAAUUACCAAUGUUAGUAAUGGAGUAUCUUCCUUUAUCACUCACACAAUGUCUGAAGGAAAAAGAGCUACCACUUCAAAUGAAGUAUUCUAUUCUCCUUGAUGUUGCUAAGGGUUUGUGUUAUCUUCAUGGUAAACGUCCUAAGGCUAUUGUACAUCGUGACCUCACUGCUAAUAACGUGUUACUGACCUCUUCAUACUCAGCUAAGAUAUCAGAUCUAGGAGUAUCAAGAUUAGUCGAUACCUUUAAAAAGAAUCACCUCACUACAGUACCUGGUAAUGCUAUGGUAAUGCCACCAGAAGCUCUUAAAGAUAAUCCAGUAUAUGAUCACAAGUUAGAUGUAUUCUCUUAUGGUUGUCUCAUUCUUCAUAUACUUACUGGUCAAUUCCCUCAACCAACCAACCAGUUUGUACCUGAACCAGGAAGGGUGAAAUCUUUCAUAGAAGUAUCCGAAUGGGAUAGAAGAUUAAGCUACAUUGAAGAUAUACCAAAAGAGAAUGAGCUUCUUCCUUUAGCAAGGGAUUGUCUCGAUGAUGCUCCUACUGGUAGACCAGAAAUGAUUGAGUCUUAUCAAUUUGUAAAGCAGGUUCUAUCAGAAUAUCCAAAAAUAAAAGACAGGUUAGUAGUAGAAAAAGAGCUAAAGGAUGCAAUUCAAGAAAAAGAGGAAAUGGAGGAAAAGCUAGUUUUAGCAGAGAGAAGUAUUCAUAAAUUAAAAGAAGAAAAUGCUGCUACUAAAAUAGAAAAUGAAGAUUUAAAGAAUGAAAAGGAACAAAUGACAGCAGAUUAAAAAACUUCAUCGUUACAAGUGAUAGGCCUACAAAAUGUUAUUUCAUUAAAAGAAAAGGAAUUUAUUGAUUCCACUCAAGUACUAAGAGAUGGCAUUAGAAGCAGAGUUGACCAACUAGUUGCAGAACUACAAGACAACAUGGCUCUACAGGAGGAAAGGGAAAUUGAAUUAAACAAUAAUUAUUCAACAAAGCUUUCUGAAACGAAGGAAGAAUAUGAAUUGAAGCUAUCAAAAAUGAAAGAAGAAUAUGAAGCAAAGCUUUUGACUACAACAGAGAGUUAUGAGGAGCAAUUGCAUAAAGUUCGUAGAGAAUGUGAGAUUAGAGUAGCAGAAGUAAUGAAAAAAUUUGCAUUAAAAUCAUAUGAGGCACUUGAAAGUACUGUUGUAUCAAAAAAUGAAUUACUUUCAUCCUUUCAGUCUGUACCAUUAGCCAGCAUUCCUUCAUAUCAGACUCAAUUGGAACUGAUUCGUUCUUACUUGUUGCAACAACUGAAGA